AUCGCAUUUACAGACUUUGUUUGAAGUUUAAUCAACUUAUUUGAACACGACUAUAUCAUUAAUCGUCUGUUAAGUUUUGUUUGUGUCUGUGUGUGACUUAUAGAUAAUUUUAUAAUUAAUUUUUCAUAUUUUUAAAUAAUUAUAAACAAGGUGGUGAAAUUUUUAAACAAAAUGAGUUAUCCGGGUUAUCCAGGCCAUCAACAGGGCAUGCCGCAAUAUCCUUCAGGAUAUCCACCACAAUAUCCUACUCAUGGUCCACCAAAUAGUUUUGGAUCCCCUUAUCCACCAGCCCCGAAUGCACCAUACCCAACUCAACCAAAUGUACCCUAUCCAACUCAACCAGGUGCUCCUUAUCCACCAUCAAACUCUCCAUAUCCACCAAGUAAUUUCGGUUCUCUAUACCCUCCACAAAGUUCUCAAUAUCCUCCACCUGCUGCACUAUCGUAUCCACCAGGUAGCAUGAGUAUGCCUCAACCAACACAAAGUGAUUGUUAUCCAUCAAAUACUCCUUCGUAUCCACCCAAUCAGUCUUGUUACCCUACACAACCCAUGUAUGGUGCCCCUCAACCAGAUUAUGCAACUAAUCAAAGCAUGCCACAAUAUGGACAGCCACAGCAUACGAUGGCGCCUGGAAGUGCAUACGGUUCACAACAGAAUAUACGCGUUGAACCAUUGAAGCAUACACCAACUGUAGUACCAUAUGAACCAUUCAAUCCACGAAUCGAUGCUGAAGUGUUGCGUAAAGCAAUGAAAGGAUUUGGAACAGAUGAAAAAGCUAUUAUCAACGUACUAGCAAAUCGAACAAAUGCACAACGACUAGAAAUUGAAGAACAAUUUAAAACAUUAUUUGGAAAGAAUUUGAUAAAAGAUUUAAAAAGUGAAUUGAGUGGUAGAUUUGAAGAUUUAAUCGUUGCCAUGAUGACACCAUUACCUCAAUAUUAUGCAAAAGAAUUACAUGAUGCUCUAAGUGGAAUUGGAACCGAUGAAGAUACACUUAUAGAAGUGCUAUGUACAAUGACUAAUCAUGAAAUUCGAACUAUUCGACAAGCCUAUCAAGCCAUGUAUGGAAGUAAUUUGGAAGAUGAUUUAAUGGGUGAUACUUCGGGGCAUUUUAAACGUUUAUUGGUUUCUUUAUGCAAUGCUAAUCGCGAUGAAAGUUACACAAUUGACAAUGCUGCAGCUGCAGAAGAUGCUCGUGCCCUACUCCAAGCUGGUGAAUUACGGUUUGGUACUGAUGAAUCCACUUUUAAUGCAAUUCUUUGUCAACGUAAUUAUCCACAGUUGAAGCAAAUUUUCCAUGAAUACCAAAAUAUUACGGGACAUGAAUUUGAAAGAGCUAUUAAAAAUGAAUUUUCUGGUGAUCUUAAGGAUGGUCUUCUAGCUAUCGUAAAAUCAGUUAGAAAUAAAGCAGCUUUCUUUGCUGAACGACUUCAUGACAGUAUGGCUGGUUUGGGAACACGUGAUCGACAAUUGAUUAGAAUAAUAGUUACACGAAGUGAAAUCGAUAUGGGUGAAAUUAAACAAGCAUUUGAAGCACGUUAUGGAAAAACAUUGGAAAGUUUUAUAUCGGGUGAUACAUCUGGAGAUUACAAGAAAUGUUUACUUGCAUUGAUAUCAUAAAAAUAAAAGUAUUUCAGUUGAUGUUUUAUUGUUGUUAGUAUUUUUGCAUUUUGAAUGUUUCUACACGCAAGUGCUUUUUUACAAGUUUUUACAUGUGCUUUUUUACUAUUUUAAAUUUUUCCAACGGUCUAAUUCUAAUUCCAUUCUUUAAUUAAGAAUAUUUCUCAUUUUUAUAUUACAAAAAUACAAAUUUUCUUAUUCAUCAAAUUCAAGUCCUUCGCCCAUCGCGUGAAAUUUCCGCACUAAGUUGGUCGUGUCAUGACUAUGUGCCAAAAGUUCAUUUUUUGCAUCUUUCUAGCUUGUAAAGAAGAAAACGGGUAGUUUUAGGGGUAUUUUUCCUAUUUUCGGGGGGUUGUGAUGUAGGGAUUGAUAUUUUUCGAAGUAUUCUGUUAAUUGGACUUUAUUUGAAUCGAUUGGUGAAAAUCCCAUCGUUCUAGCAUGUAUAGAACAAAAAAUCGUUAUUUUGGGGUUACUUUUCCCAUUUUCGAGAGGGUUUCAAUGAAAAAGUUCCUCUAAAAGUGCCUUAGAAUUUGUAUCGGUAUGUCUGUGUAUGAGUGAGUCAGCUUCAAAUUACAGUAUUUUAGAUUUUUUAAAUAUCCCACCUGAAAAUUGUUAAAAAUUUUAAAUAUAAUUAAUUAUUCAAAGAUAAUUCCUUAGAAAUAAUUUAUUAAUCAUAAAUAAAAGCAUUAAUUACCUUAAUAACGUAACCUCAAAGUAAAUUUAUAAUCUCAUUUCAUAACUAAAAUAUAGAAUAAUUUAUAGAUCAUAAUUAAUAGUUCAAAUAAUAAAACAUAGAUGGAUCUACAGUUAACUUGAGUAUCUGACAACGCUGUAAUCGAAAUCAACUAUCAGUCUAAGGUCGCGGAAAUAGAUCAGAACUUGAUAUUGAUAAUCGAGAUAUAAUAAUUGGAAUGAAAUAGGUUUGAAUGAAUACUAGAAUAUUUAAAAUAUAUAUUACAUUUAUUCUGAGCUUCUGAUCGCGCCGCGCUUAUCAUGCGAUGGACGAAGGGUUAAAAAUACCCCCAAACUAUUUUAAUUCAGUGGUAUAAGGUGGCACUUAUUGAAUUGGAGUAGAAUCUUUUUAGUUUUAGUCUAAUAAAAAGGUAAUUGAAUAACAAA